AUGGCUGCCGCUAAACGCAGUCUUUCGUCAUCCUCACAUCACCCGAAUCACCAAUCCUCCGCUAAGCGACCACGACUGGUCUCCGACGAAGGGUCACAAGGCAACAGGAGCCUUUGGUCAGGUCUCGCUUUUGUGAAGGAUAGUGUCGACUGGAUGUUGGGGCGACGCAAGCCAACGCGGCCGAGCCCUCACGUUCGGCGGACGAACGGAACGGCAUCAGCGGUUGGACUUCAACUGGGCAUUUCCAGGAAUGGCGGCGUGAUCGCUGCUCCUAAUGGACGUACAUCUAGCGAGGCGGUCGUGCUAUCUGACGAUGACGGCGAUAUUUCCAUUGAUUUCGAGCGCGAGGAGCAGCGAAGACAACACAUGUCUGAGGCUCGAAGGCAUCUCAACGACCACGCCCGGACGCUGGGAGGAGAAACACCGGAGAGCAUCCACCCACUGCUGCCUCAGCCGCUGUUCACUUCAUCCUUUGACUCUCCCCGAUCGUCAGUCGAGAGCGCGCCGACAUCUCCAGUGCCUACCGGGGAAUCAAGGGUGCCCAACCGACCAGACGUGGGGUACUCGAAGCCGCGACGCGAGUACAAGUUUGUUCGCUCCCGAUCCAGCUCCAGCAAUCUGUCGAGUCCGUCUUCGUCGCCGCCGCGCAGCCCUCGCCGCUCCUCGAGCAAAACCUACCGCUAUCGAAAUGAGAAGAAUGAGUCUGCGCAGCUUGUGAUGCUGGACAAGUACAUACGGGAGAACCCCGACCAGAGCGCUCCAAUGAAGCGGGUCAGGGAAGAGCUCCUGCGGGAAAGGGAACAGCAUCGCUAUGCCGGUGACAAGACCUUGAGGAACCUCAAGCUGGAUAACCGGAAGACGUUUGAUGAAGCCAUCGAAGCACGACGGGAAGAGCCCCAGCCCCUUCCGCGGAAACGAGACCGUCUCCAGCCCCCGCCCCUUCAGCAUGUCAAGAGUAGUGUGCUGGAGAAGUUCAAGCGGGAAGAGGAAGAGAAGGAGAAAGCGAUCCGGGCACGUCUUCGUCCGCGAGUACCGAAAGACGUUACUCCUGAGCAGAAUGAAAUCCGCCUUGCCGAUCCAAACUUCAAGUCGGACACUGUCGACGCCAAGGCCCUCCGGACGCUGAAGCCCGGGACAUGGCUGAACGAUGAAAUCAUCAACUUCUACGUUGACGCGCUCCGUGCGCGGGCAGACAAGGAGGGCAAGAAGAUUGCUGUCGGCAACUCGUUCUUCUACCAGAAGCUCAGCGGACAGGGAUACGCGGGCGUGAAGCGAUGGGGCCGGACAAUCCCGGAGAAGGAUCUGUUCGUGAUCCCCGUCCAUGUGCAGGGAUGCCACUGGACGUGCGCGUGCAUCAACUUCAAGAAGAAGCGCAUCGAGUACUACGACUCGAUGGCCGAUCACGGGUUCCGCCACGAGGUGUUUGAGGAGGAGUGGAAGACUAGACUAGACAAGGAGUUCGACUUUACAGGCUGGCAGGACGUGUACAGCAGCCAGAACAACGGGUCCGACUGUGGUGUAUUCGCGUGCCAGACGAUGGAGGCACUCGCGCGCGGCAAGGACUUGACUGCCAAGGAUCAGUUCGAGUUUGGCGCGGGCGACAUGCCGUUCUUUAGAAAGCUGAUGAUUGUGGAGAUUGCGUCGGGCGAGCUCGCGAGCCGCGUUUGGUCGUAG